CAUGCGACUCCCCGCAAAUUCUGCUAGCCUCCAAAUUUGCAGAACUCAUUGCCGUCAUUGUUUACGUGGUAAAAAUUACUUGCGGAAUUCAUCUUCUACGCGGUUUCUUGGUAAUGUAAACCUCGCUGAAUAUAUCCCAGGUGUGUACAUAGUGGCGGGGAAGCGCACUGCGAUCGGUAAGUACGGUGGUGUGCUUCGAGAUGUAAAGCCUCAGGACCUGUUCGCUGCAGCAGCGAGGGCGGCGUUCGAAGCCAGUGGAGUCCCACCAGAACUCGUCGACACUGUUAACAUAGGGCAGACAAGUUCGAUGUCCCCGGGAGGGCUGGCCCCUCGACACGCAGCACUGGCGGCUGGCGUGCCGCGAGAGAAGCCAGUCGUAAGCACUACCUUGCUCUCCGGAUCAGCCAUCAACUCCACUAUCUUAAGCACGCAGGAGAUCCUAAUCGGAUCAGCGCACGUAUCUUUAGCAGGAGGGAUGGAAGUCCUCUCCGGCGUGCCAUUCCUUGUCAGAGGUGUCAGGACCGGAGUGCCGUUAGGAGCGAACAUACUGCUGGACGACAUGAACAUAUCAGGACUCUUCGACACGUACUGUAAGGCAACCUUAAUAGAGACAUCAGACAAACUGGCGAAGAAAUACGGAAUCACCAGACAAGGAAUGGACGAGUUUGCGUUGAGGUCACAGAGAUAUUGGAAAGCUGCACAUGACAAUGGAGUGUUUGAUGCUGAGUUGGUACCUGUUAUGGGGAAGUUCAAGGGUAAAGAUGUCCUGUUGUCGCGAGAUGAAAGUCCUCGGCCUAACACUACAUUGGAGCAGUUGGCCAAGCUGCCGCCAAUUGUUGCUGGCAGUCUGCUCACUGCAGGCAAUAACUGUGGUAUAAACGACGGUGCUGGUGCAAUUAUCCUGGCCAGCGAAGACGCUGUGAGACAACACAAGCUGAAGCCACUGUCAAGGGUAGCUGCCUGGAGCCGCGUGGGGGUCGACCCCACCAUCAUGGGGAUAGGCCUUGCGGUGGCAGCACAAAAACUGCUGGACGCAGCAUGCUUGAGGAUAGAUGACAUAGACUUAGUUGAGGUGCACGAAACCAACGCAGCUGUAGCCGUGGCGAGUGUCAAACAUCUAGGAAUUGAGGAGAAGCAGCUGAACUUGAGCGGAGGAGCCAUCGCCAUCGGGCAUCCGUCCGGCGCGUCAGGGGCUAGGCUGAUCUCACACAUCACCCACGAGCUCAGACGUAAACAUUUAAGGCGAGGGCUGGCGUCCAUGUGCGUGGCAGGGGGGCAGGGCAUCGCCAUCCUUAUAAAAAAUGCUGAUUGGGAAGAUAACAACCAUAAAUAAAAAGCUGACUUCUAAAAACUUUAAGUGGUAUUAAAAAAGUUGUAUAAAGCAAAAAAAAACAAAGUAUGAAUUCGUCGUAUCGUAAUUAGAAAAAAUAUAAUAAAAAAAUGCUAUAACGAAUUUAUAUCGAGGACAAAACGUGUCCCAGAAAAUCUUUAUUUGACGACUAUAUGUACCUCUUUACUACUUAGUAUCUCGUCCAGGAUUUACCGACUCAGGAUAAAAACAAUGUGACACUAAUCGGGUAUCAUGAUUCCGAUUCACGAAAUGUAACCUUACA